AGCGGAAGUUAUUUGCGUAACUUCCGUUAGCUUCACACCGGUCUUCAGCCACAGCAGAAGGUCCCGUUCCUGUGGAAAAUCAGGCCUAAUACGGCAUUCUGCCUCCAGGAAUCCGCCAGAAAUGAGUCCCGGGACUUAACGGACACCAGAAGACCCACGGGGCGCGAGAAAGUUUUUUCAGUGGUUUUCAUGAUGCUCACUCGACCAUCAACACUGACAGAGAAAGCAGAAAGAGGGGGUGGUCUGAUGGCUGUGGCUCCGCCUCCUGUUCGCCAGUUGGCUGAUGAGGAUCACCAUGGAGGUUUCCCUCCAUCUUUCUUUUCUCCUCCUCCUCCUGCUCCUGCUCCUGCUCUUCCUCAUCCUACUUCUGUUCUGCCUUCCGUUCCUCCUCUUCCUCCUGCUCCCCCCUGCUGUUCAUGUGCCUCCCUCCUUCCUCGCCUCCUCCUGGCUCACCGGUUGGAGGUGCGACGCCUCCUGCGAGGAGCUCUGGCCUCCUUCGGUCGUCGUCUGGACUCUUUGGAGAGAAGCAGCUGGAGGAAGAGAAGAAACAAGAAAAAGGUUGUCCAGAGAGAAGGAGAAGGCGGAGCAUGUUGUCUUGGUUCACCAGCCUUCAUCUCCAGCUCCUCAUCCUCCGUAACACCCGACCCCCUUCCACCUGUCGGCACCUUCUCCUCUUCAUCUUUGUCAGAAAGUGAGGGGCUGCCGUCUUCCUCCAGUUUUAGCCAACUGAAACAGAGGAAGAGGAGCAGACUGCAGGAGGAGGUGAGCAGGAGGAAGAGGAGGAGGAAAAACCACAAAGAGUUUUCAGAAAAUGGACAAAAGGAAAAAGAGGAAGAGGAAGAUGGGAGGUUUGUAGGGCGUAUGGUGGUCUCCUUCAGAGGAGGACCUGAAGAAGAAAUGGCACUGAUUACUCUGCAUAGCUUUAACCACAGAAGAAGAGACGACAGAGGAGCCAGCCAAGCAGAGAAUGCGGUCACUGCCAUCGUCAGGAAAAAUGGUUACAGCUCCCCGUCCCAGCAUGCCUUGCACAUCCUCCAGUCAGCUCAGCGUAGUCGUACUUGCAACCAAUCUGAGGCCUUCACUGUCUCUUCUGGCCAGUGGUGUUUUUCUAACAUGACCCCGCCCAUCUCCCUGUCCACCAAUCACAGUCGUUUCUGUCUGUGGCUCAGCUCUGCCCCCUACCCCCCCUUUAACCCCACCCCUAUGUUGCACCUGUCAUCUGUUGCUAUGGAGACGAUAUUAGAGUGGGUGAGAGGCAGAGCAUGUUGGAGACCCCUGCGGCCCCUGAAGGACUGGACGGCCCCGCCCAGCCUGAGCAGUGAUCACAGUUACGUACGAAAGACCAUGUCCAGUUCUUACUUUUCAACCCGGCGACAGCAGAAGCAGCGAGCCAAUCACAUCGCUCGGAGCUUGCAUCUGACUCGCAGACGAGCCCUUCCCUUCACAGCUUGCUCAGCCAAUGGGCUGUCUGCUCCGCUCCAUGCUGGCCAAUCGGCAGCAAGCUCUGAGUUCCUCAGCUCUGAUGAAGAGAUCGGUAAACGAGUGUCACAGAUCAGAAUACGCCGGGCGUCGCCCCGAGAGGCACCGCUAACGCCCAUGGGACUGCCCAAGGUGAAAAGGUUGAAGAAGAAGGAGUUCAGUCUGGAGGAGAUCUACACCAACAAAAACUAUAAAACCCCGACCACCACCAGAAGUCUGGAAACCAUCUUUGAGGAGCCACGAGAGAAGGAUGGUGGGCUGCUCCUGAUUGGCCACCAGAAAAGACGUAGACUCCUCCUCUUCCCUGACUUCACACAGCCCAGGAAGAGGAAGAAAGCCCAAGCUGUUCUGUCUUUAGGAACUGGACUUCCUGUUACCAUGGUGCCCAGGAAACGGGCAGCGGCUCGACGACAUCUCCAUGUCAACAGCUUGGAUGAUGCCGGCGACCUGGAUGUGAUGCUGGUGGAGCGACUGAGCGCACUCGAAGAUUUCCUGAUGCAGCAGGGCCUUGAUUUAUGAGUUGUGACAUCACUUCCUGUCAGCUGACUAAGGCCAAAUUAACAGCAGCUGCUGAAGCAGUGUUACCAUGGUAACAAGCUGUCGACAUGAAAUGUGAAUAUUUAAUGAGUGAUGUCACCUGAUAAUAGGCCACGCCCCCUACAGGAGGCCCCUCCUCUAAUAACCUUGUACCUGUGUGUUUUUAUCCUGGGUGACCCUCCCUCCAUAGUACGCUGUAGUACUCCGUAGUACUCUAUAGUAAAGUGUGAGUACAUGGCGAGUAUGUAGAGUUUUUGAUCUAUAAUAUAUUUCUGAUGAAAUGUUUCUAUUUUUGGAACAAAUAAAGUUUGUUUCUGAUCACA